GAGACAACGAUAAACACCUGCCUCUGAUUGAGAACCACUUCAGGCAACCAUAGACUUACCUAGAAAACCCCACUAAGCCACAAUCCCAAUCCCACACUAAGAUUGUUAAAACUGGUCUUAGGUUAUUGAGGGAUCUGAUUAGGAUUUACCCGUUUUAUAAUGUGGAGGUUUCUUUCGGUCUCUAUUUUUCAUUUAAACACUGUCUUUGGCAGGAGAAAGACCAGACUCAGAGGAACCAGAACCAGGGAUGUCCAAACCAGCAAGAAGACACCAGUGCUCUUACUGUGGAAAGGGUUGUAACAGGUUAGGGGCCCUGAAACAGCACGAGAGAAUACACACAGGGGAGAAGCCUUUCCACUGCUCCCAGUGUGGCAAGUGUUUCAGCCGGUCAGAAACCCUGAAAGCCCAUGGGAUAGUACAUACAGGGGAGAAGCCUUACCACUGCUCCCAGUGUGGCAAGUGUUUUAACCGGUUAUGGGCCCUGAAACAGCACGAGAGUAUACACACAAGGGAGAAGCCUUACCACUGCUCCCAGUGUGGGAAGUGUUUCGGCAGGUCAGAAUUCCUGAAAGCCCAUGAGCUAGUACAUACAGGGGAGAAGCCUUACCACUGCUCCCACUGCGAGAAGUGUUUUAAGCGGUUAAGGAAUCUGAAAGACCAUGAAAGAAUACACACAGGGGAGAAGCCUUACCACUGCUCCCAGUGUGGCAAGUGUUUUAAGCAGUUAGGGAAUCUGAAAGACCACGAAAGAAUACACACAGGGGAGAAGCCUUACCACUGCUCCCAGUGUGGCAAGUGUUUUAAGCGGUUAGGGAACCUGAAACGACACGGGCUAGUACAAGGGGAGAAGCCUUACCACUGCUCCCAGUGUGGCAAGUGUUUCAACCAUUCAGGGAAUCUGAAACAGCACGAGAGAAUACACGCAGGAGAGAAGCCUUACUGCUGCUCCCAGUGUGGAAGGAGUUUUUACCAUAAAAACAGCCUGAACCAACAUGAGAAAAUACACAGAUGGGAGAUGCAUUACCACUCCACCCAGGGUGCAAAGCUUUUGCCCAUUUAGGAAGCCUGAAAGAGCAUGACACAGAGAAUGUUUACAAAAGCUUAGACUUUGGGAAAACAUAUUACUCAUAACAAUCACUUAAACGUCAUUAGAGAAUCCACACAGGAGAGAGAAAUUGCUUCUCUUAGCAUGUAUAUUGAUAUUUCACAUCUCAUUUUUCUUACAAUUCAUCAGAGAACAUACCCAGUGCUCCCGUUGUCUUAUAUUGUUGCCUAUAAUGUGUUGACCUGUUUUUACCAUAUGAAAUUGAUGAGGAAUUUAAAAACUGUAUGUUUGAAAAACUUGGGGCCAAAGGAGUGGCUAAUAAGUCUGGCUGCACAUCUGGCUGGCUUACAUACUGCAAAUUGAGAAAUGAUGUGACCUAUUAUGUGACACAUGUAAUCAAAUUUAUUACGAAGCCAUAAUGAAAUACAUACACAGGUGCUGUUCCAAUUGACUCCAAUGAUGUCAAUUAGCCUAUCAGAAGCUAUAGACAUAA